GUUAUUGCCAUCGUGAAUAUUAUUGAUUUUUUAGGUUAUGUGCAUCAAACGCCAAAUCGCAUGGCAUUUUAGAAGGCAAAAUGUCAAAAAUGUCGCUUUAAAACCGCAAAAGGGCGGGAAGAUAAAUAAAAUUUAAAUUGUUGUUUCGGUUGUAUGAAAUCUAAAGCUCAGAAUUUUUUGCUCACCUAAUAGCUUGCAGAAAAAAUAAACACGUAUUUACAAUAGAGACUCCAUUAUUUGAAUCACAAUCGGUCGGUAAUGUCAACAUUCUCUAGUUACCUCUAAAGCAUUUUUACAGUCAUGCGAUUCCUGUAAGUUCGCCGGUCGGUAGAUUUCCUGCUAAUUAUUUCCACAGAGUGAAAUCAAUCCUCGCCGGUAGAUGUUGUGUCGCAAUGUUUUUGUAUUGCGUCAUUUCUGAACAUGACAUUGACAGUUGUCUGGACAACAGAAAUGUGAAUGAGUGCGAUUAUCAGCGUAUGGAAAAGUACUUGUUGAAGAGUCACGUGUAACAACAAUGCGUUAAAAACAAUGGACAUAUCUGUGUAUAUUCAGUCGACUGUUACAUCUUUGUUGCAGCUAAUAUUGAAACUGAAACUGUUGCAUUCAUCAUAGUGAUACAUAAAAUAAAGUUAUAUAUAGAGAUAUAUAUAUAUAGAGUUGUGGUACACAAUAAGCUGAAAAACAUCUCAUAGAAAUGGCAGCAAAUUACGUGUGGGAAGCCGAAAAUGCGGCAGCAACAUGCUCCACUACCAACGAGAGCACACCACUUCUGUCAGCAAGUGGUCAAGCCAACAUGACUGAGAAGAACGUCGGUGUCUCUCAGCAGACCCUAGUUUCCACUGAUAGUCCACCAUUGAGCCAAGGGAAAAAACUGCCGCAGUACCUGGCAGGUGUCGCAGCGACACUUGGUGCUCUUGCUGCUGGCAUGGUGCUGGGCUGGUCGUCUCCUGCUGGAGAUAAUGGCAAAAACCUGGAAGAGCAGUAUGCUAUACCCAUGAGCCCAGAGGAGUUCUCCUGGAUAGGAUCGCUGGCUACCCUGGGAGCUGGCGCGAUUUGCGUCCCUAUCGGUAUACUAGCGGACCUGAUAGGCAGACGAACGUCCAUGCUAAUCAUGGUGGUACCUUUCUGCGUUGGCUGGCUGCUCAUCAUCUUCUCCAACUCGUUGAUCAUGUUCUACUUCGGCAGAUUCAUCACUGGCGUGAGCGGCGGCGCGUUCUGCGUGGCUGCGCCGUUAUAUACCGCCGAGAUAGCCGAAAGCAGCAUCCGCGGCACCCUCGGUUCAUUCUUCCAGCUGAUGCUCACCAUAGGUAUCCUACUGACGUACAUUCUCGGCACCUUCCUCACGAUGCAACAGCUGUCGAUCAUCUCAGCGGUGGUGCCGCUGAUCUUCUUCGGCGUGUUCUUCUUCAUGCCAGAGACGCCGUUCUAUUACUUGCAGAAGGGCAACGAGGACGCCGCAAGGAAGAGCUUGAUUAAACUGCGUGGCCUUCAAUACGAUAUCGAGAGUGAGCUGCAAGCGCAACGCGAAGUGGUCGAGGAGAGUAAACGCAAUCAAGUGUCUUUCUCCGUCGCGAUCCAAUCGAAAGCCACGAAGAAGGGCUUCGUGAUCGCUUACGGCUUGAUGUUUUUUCAACAGAUGAGCGGUGUAAACUCCAUCAUUUUCUAUUCCUCCGGUAUAUUCACCAAGGCUGGCAGUAGCAUUCCACCUAACGAGGCCACUAUCAUCGUUGGAGUGGUUCAGGUGCUGGCUGUCUUCGCUAGCACCAUUGUCGUCGAUCGACUUGGCAGGAGGAUACUGUUGCUGUCAUCGAUUAUAACAUUGCUUGUGACAACUUUCGUAAUGGGAAUUUACUACUACUGCCUAGAGAACACAACUGCCUUCGACAACAUCAAGUGGUUCGCGAUUAUUCCGCUGUGUAUCUUCCUCAUCAUGUUCAACUUUGGCUUCGGGCCGCUCCCGUGGAUGAUGAUGGCCGAGAUCUUUGCGCCGGAGGUGAAGGGAAUUGCCGGGAGCAGCGCUUGCCUCUUCAACUGGAUCAUGGCGUUCAUCGUGACCAAAUUUUAUAGCAACAUGACAAACACCCUGCAAUCAUAUGGCACCUUCUGGAUAUUCUCUGUCUUCUGCGCCGUUGGCAUCUUCUUCGUUUACUACUUGGUGCCUGAGACCAAGGGCAAAUCAUUGGAUGAAAUACAGAGAGAAUUGAAUAACGGCUGAUCGAUUCCCUCAUAGAUAAUCAAGCGUGUAUAUAUAUGAUGCAACAAUGUUCCUCUUUCUUCGUCACUAUGAUCUCAUGAAUAACGUUAGAAAAAAACACGCAAAUGAACAUACAAGUAAAAAAACAUGUUUUGGUAAAAUGACAUUUGGCGGUACAUUUGGCGGUAAAGUCCAACAAUCUUUCCCUUUGCUAUAGUCAACAACUAAUUAUUAAUGGCUAUUAAUAGUUAAGUAUUAAUGCGACAAAAUCACGUAGCUCGAAGAUGAGUCGUUAUCACAUUAACCUCCUAAUGAAUAUAUCUAAUAAUUAUAUGUAUUUAAUAAUUAUUAGAUUGAAAGGAGUAUUUUCGGAAUAUUCUAUAAGUCUGCUCAAUCAAUUACAAAUAUCAUCCUACGGAUAUACUUUUUUAUCCCAAUUAAGAAUUUUGAGCGUGUUUUUUCACUUCUAACAUUAUCGAAUCAAAGUGACCGCAGCGAGCAAUCAGGAACAUUAAACGAAGAGAAUUGUAAAUUGGCGAUGUAAUACGUAAUACGUACGAAAUGUGUCUAUAAAAUAUUAUUUUAUUACUAUAUAUAAUAACAACACCUUUAUUUUUUCGAGGCAGCAUCGAUAGAUAAUAUUAUUGCGAGAUAUAGUUUUUUCUGUGUAAAAUAUUCCCUGUUCUUCAUAAAAUAUACAAUAAGACUGAUUUUUUUGUAAA